AUGGCUGCACGCAAGGCUGUGGCUCAAGUCGCCGAUAAGGUCAAAAGAAAAACAUUUUUAUCGACAGUAAUUCCAGCAGGGAAGGCUACUCCAGCACCACCACUAGGUCCAGAACUUGGACAGAUGCAAAUCCAGAUUGCUGCAUUCUGCAAAGACUUCAAUGAAAAAACAUCUCACAUAAAGACUGGGAUCCCGAUGCGUGCUGAGAUUAGUGUAAAUCCAAAUCGUACCUAUAACAUUACCCUGUUAAAUCCCCCAACCAGCUAUUUCCUAAUGCAGGCUGCAGGUUGCCAGAAAGGUGCUACCUCAUCAAACACACAGACCGCUGGCAUCAUUACACUAAAACAUGUAUAUGAGAUUGCCAAGAUCAAGGGUCGGGACCCUGCUUUUACCUGCAUGACUUUGGACCAAGUCUGUAAAACCAUCAUUGGAUGUGCCCAUAGCAUCGGCAUCAAGGUGGUGAGAGGUCCAAUUGAAGUUGCAGAGUUAAAAGAAUUUCUAGCCAGGAGAGCUGAAGAAGUGGCAGCAGAAGAAAAAGAAUUAGAAGAGUUAAGAUUGUCAAAGGUCUUGAGAUUAUAG